UCCCCCCAAACCAGGGACUCUCCUGGAAACCUAGCACGAAAACCAGUGGGAGGGCCUCUCCUCCAAGGGGAUCCACACCUGAGCACCCCAGUAGGUGCUUUCACCUAUCUCUACCCACUGCCCCAGCCUCCAGGGGAGGCUGUGCAGCCUCAGGGGGCCUGGACCCCGGAGUUGUGAGCACCCAGCGCCCUCCACCCCCUGUCCCCACUGCUGAUGGCCGACGACCCACCGGGAGCUUCCGAGAAGGGAGAGAUGGCUCCUGGGACACGUGUGAGCCCUCGGCGUUGCUGACGCCCCCAAUGUCGUCCAGCGGCCGGGGGCCGGGGGCCGGAGCGCGCAGACGCCGAACCCGCUGCCGGCGCUGCCGGGCCUGUGUUCGAACCGAGUGCGGGGACUGCCACUUCUGCCGGGAUAUGAAGAAGUUCGGGGGUCCCGGGCGAAUGAAGCAGUCCUGUCUGCUCCGCCAGUGUACUGCUCCCGUGCUGCCCCACACAGCUGUGUGUUUGCUGUGUGGAGAGGCUGGAAAGGAGGACACAGUGGAGGGAGAAGAGGAGAAAUUUGCUCUGAGCCUUAUGGAGUGUACAAUCUGCAAUGAGAUCGUCCACCCAGGCUGUCUCAAGAUGGGAAAGGCUGAGGGUGUCAUCAACACUGAGAUCCCAAACUGCUGGGAGUGUCCUCGGUGUACCCAGGAAGGCAGGACCAGCAAGGAUUCUGGGGAGGGGCCUGGACGCAGAAGAGCUGACAAUGGGGAGGAGGGGCCAGGGCUGGGAAGCGGCUGGAAGCUAACCGAGGAGCUCCCACCACCCCUCCCCCGACGAAAAGGCCCCCUGCCUCCAGGGGCUCCCUCAGAGGAUGGCCCUGGACCUCAUAAGCGGAAGGAGCGAGAGGUGGGGAAUGAACCCCCCACACCUAGGAAGAAGAUAAAAGGAGGAAGAGAGAAGCACCUGAAGAAGAAACCAAAGCCCCCUUCAGCAUCUCCCGAGGGUCCUGCAGCCCCAGCCCCUUCCCCACAGCGGGAAAAGCUGGAGCGUUUCAAGCGGAUGUGCCAGUUGCUCGAGCGGGUACCAGACACUUCAUCAUCUUCCUCAGACUCAGACUCGGAUUCAGACUCAUCAGCUACGUCCCUCAGUGAGGAUGAGGCCCCUGGGGAGGCCCGAAAUGGGCGACGGCCCCCCCGGGGCAACUCUGGGGAGAAGGAGAACAGGGGUGGCCGUCGGGCCUGGCGGCCUGGGAGUGGGGGCCCUCUGCUGAGCUGGCCCUUGGGUCCUGCACCCCCACCCCGCCCCCCACAGCUUGAGAGACAUGUGGUGAGGCCGCCACCACGAAGCCCAGAGCCUGAUACGUUGCCCUUGGUAGCGGGGCCUGACCACCCUCUACCACGGGCUGCCUGGCUUCGAGUCUUCCAGCACCUCGGGCCCAGAGAAUUGUGCAUCUGCAUGAGGGUCUGCCGGACCUGGAGCCGAUGGUGCUAUGACAAGCGUCUGUGGCCCCGGAUGGACCUGAGCCGAAGGAAGUCACUAACUCCACCAAUGCUGAGUGGUGUGGUUAGGCGGCAACCCCGGGCCCUGGACCUCAGCUGGACAGGAGUUUCCAAGAAGCAGCUCAUGUGGCUCCUGAACAGGCUACAAGGCUUGCAGGAGCUGGUGCUUUCAGGCUGCUCUUGGCUCUCAGUCUCAGCAUUGGGCUCAGCCCCAUUGCCUGCACUGCGGCUUUUGGACCUCCGUUGGAUUGAGGAUGUUAAGGACUCCCAGCUCAGGGAGCUACUGUUGCCUCCACCCGACACCAAACCAGGGCAAACGGAGAGCAGGGGACGGCUGCAGGGGGUGGCUGAGCUGCGCCUGGCUGGCCUGGAGCUGACAGAUGCCUCCCUCCGCCUUCUCCUACGCCAUGCUCCCCAGCUCAGUGCCCUUGACCUCAGCCACUGCGCCCAUGUUGGGGAUCCCAGUGUCCACCUCCUCACAGCCCCCACCUCCCCGCUCCGCGAGACCCUUGUUCACCUCAACCUAGCGGGUUGCCACCGCCUCACGGAUCACUGCCUCCCGCUCUUCCGCCGAUGCCCCAGACUUCGACGCCUGGACCUUCGCUCCUGUCGCCAACUCUCACCUGAAGCCUGUGCCAGGCUGGCAGCUGCAGGUCCCCCUGGUCCCUUCCGAUGCCCUGAGGAGAAGCUGCUGCUCAAGGACAGCUAGUGGGGUGCCCCCCAACUUCCCCCAGGACUUGCAAGCCCUUAUCUUGGGGCCCCUUUCCCCAUCUCCCCAAUCCAUCACCCAGGGGCUGGGUCUCUCUACCUUCUGACUUGAUUCUCCCAUACAGAGACUCAAGAACAACCCCCAACCCCCUGCACUGAUAUAUCCCUGGGGGUUAAUGUCUUCCCCUCCCAUGCCCCUGCCUACUUCAUUGU